AUGCUUUCGCGAAAAGUCACACUUGUUUUGCUACUUUCAACGUGUGUUUGUUGUCAAGAGGCGGCGACGGAAACAUUAUUCGAGAAUGAACCAUUGGGCACUCGCAUUUUUCUAUAUUGUUUGACGUUUGUGUUGGUCAGCGUUUUUGCUUAUUUUCUGCUGGAAGUAUGCGGUGUUUUCGACUGUCUCCGGUGAGUUUCAAGUACUCAGAUCAGUGAAAAAAUAAGGAAUUUUUUUUUGAAAAAAGAGCAAAAAAUCUAAUAUUAUGAAAAGGACCAAAAAAUAUUCGUAAUAUUCUCAAAAAAAAUUUUUUAGGGGUUCAAUUCAGACCUGGGAAUUUUUUCGUUUACGUGUUACGGUUUUUACGGAAUUUCACUGUAAGAUCCAUUUUACGGUUUUACGGCUCAAAAAAUCGUAAAUAUGGUGAAUUUUGACAGAAUCAAAUUGAAACUUCAAAAAAAACACAACAUUUUUUAAAGAAAAUUUUGAUUUAAUCCUAAUUAAUUAAUUUUUUGAUGGAUAUGGAGAGGAUACUGUUAAAAUUAUGCUUGAGUUACGAUAAGUUACCAAAUCCCAAAUUUCGAAAAAAAAAUUUGCUGUUUUUCAGUGAAAAGGUUGAGUAACAAAAUUUUACGAAUUUUACGGGAUUUUUACGGUUUUUAAAACCGUAAAAAUGGAAACAAAAAAAAUUAUCAUCAGGCAUGUUCUUGGGGCCGGCCGGGCCGAGCUUGAGGUCCCAUCUCAGCCUUGAAUCUGUUUAAAAAACACUGAUUUUUUUGUGAUGUUCUUUUGAAGUUUCAAAUUCCAAUUCGAAUUUAACUUUAACACAAAUUCAGAAAUAAUUUCUAGAAAGGUGCAGUCAGAUUUUUUAAAAUUUAAAAAACUUUUUCAGGACAGUUUUCAGCUCCUUUUUUCUUGUGAAAUUCACAUAAAAGUACAAGCUCUCUAGUAAUUUCACAGAUGUAACAUAAAUUCCAGUGACUAAUUUGUACUCCUGAAUUUCCAUUAAAACAACAUGAUAAUCUAUCCUACUUGUAAUCGUAGCGAUCAAAUUCGAAUGUACAAAGUACAAAGUUUCAACAUAAGGUUUAACUAUAAUUUUUUUUUGGAAUUCAAAAUUAACUCUAAUUUUAAGAUACAUUUUUCCAGAAAAAUGACCAAAAAACAUAAUGCUGCGGUUCAACCAACAGUUGUCACAGUUUAUUGA